GUAAGCACUGCAAGAGACCUCAUCUCCUCAUUCUCCUGUGCUUUGGAUUUGCUGCAACGGUCAUUUCUCUCCACGAGUCGCAGAAUUUGCGGUAAUGGUUCUGACUCUUGUAUGGUUAUUUCUUCUUCUCUGCAACUCGUCUGUUCUUGUGGGCUCUUUGAAUGAUGAAGGCGUUGCUCUUUUGUCACUCAAACGGUCCGUUAGUGAUGACCCAGAAAGGUCAUUGAAUAACUGGAACUCAUCUGAUGACAACCCGUGUUCAUGGAAUGGGAUUACUUGCACAGAAGGUAAAGUUGUUUCUAUUAGCAUACCUAAGAAGAAGCUUCUUGGGUUUCUUCCUUCUGCUCUAGAAUCCCUCACUGUGCUCCGGCAUGUCAAUCUCAGGAACAAUAAGUUCUAUGGGAGCUUGCCCGUAGGUUUGUUUAAUGCGCAGGGGCUCCAAAGUUUGGUUCUUUAUGGGAAUGCUUUUUCUGGGUCUAUCCCUCCUGAUAUUGGCAAGCUUAGUUACCUUCAGAAUUUAGAUUUAUCGCAGAACUUUUUGAAUGGGUCGUUACCCACUUCGCUAAUUCAAUGCAAGAGAUUAAGAUCUCUCGAUCUCAGCCAAAACAGUUUCACUGGUUCUUUGCCAUCUGGGUUUGGUACUGCUCUGGUUGCUCUGGAAAAACUCAAUCUUUCAUACAAUAAAUUGAGCGGUUCCAUUCCUAGCGACAUGGGUAAUCUCUCGAGCUUGCAAGGAACUGUUGACCUAUCUCAUAAUUUGUUCAGUGGUCCAAUACCAUCCAGUCUUGGGAAUCUUCCGGAGAAGGUUUACAUCGAUCUUUCUUACAACAAUCUAAGUGGGCCGAUACCUCAGAGUGGUGCUCUCGUGAACAGAGGACCUACGGCCUUCAUUGGGAACUCAGGGCUCUGUGGACCUCCAUUGAAGGACCCCUGUUCUUCAGACACCACUGCUGACGGUGCUCCAUCUUCGUCCCCCUUCAUACCCAAUAACUCAUCUACAACACCGGACAAUGGCUCUGGUAAGAGUGGAAGAAGCAGAGGACUGAGUAAGAGUGCCGUGAUUGCGAUUGUGGUGAGUGAUGUAGUUGGAAUUUUCCUCAUUGGGUUGUUGUUCUCUUACUGUUACUUAAAAGUGUGCGAUGGUGGGAAAGGUAAAGAUGCCCGUGGUAAUAAUUUUGAGAAAGGAUCAAAGGGGAGAAAGGAGUGGUUGUGCUUUAGGAAAGAUGAAUCUGAGACUUUAUCAGAAAAUAUCGAGCAGUACGAUCUUGUUCCACUGGAUACGCAGGUGGGUUUCGAUCUGGAUAUGCUUCUGAAGGCAUCUGCCUUUGUUUUGGGUAAAAGUGGAAUUGGCAUUGUAUAUAAAGUUGUGCUUGAAGAUGGGAUUACCUUAGCUGUGAGGAGAUUGGGUGAAGGAGGUUCUCAAAGGUUUAAGGAAUUUCAGACUGAAGUAGAAGCGAUAGGGAAGCUCAGGCAUCCCAACAUUAUAAGUCUUAGAGCCUAUUACUGGUCUGUCGAUGAGAAGCUACUCAUCUAUGAUUACAUACCUAAUGGCAACCUUGCCACUGCUAUUCAUGGGAAGGCUGGUAUACCAUCGUUUACACCCCUGAGGUGGUCUGUUAGACUCAGAAUCAUGAGAGGAAUAGCGAAAGGUCUAACUUAUCUACAUGAAUUCAGCCCCAAAAAGUAUGUUCAUGGCGAUCUGAAGCCAAACAAUAUACUACUUGGACAGAACUUGGAGCCUCGAAUUGCUGACUUUGGACUUGGGCGCCUCGCCAAUAUAGCUGGAGGCUCUCCAACACUGCAAUCCAAUCGAAUGUCUUCAGAGAAACCAAUGCAACAACAGAGUGCACCAUCCGAAGUUAUUACAAUUAGUCCAACUCCAUCCAUAAGCUCAGGAUCUUGUUAUCAAGCUCCUGAAGCCAUGAAAAUGGUGAAGCCAUCACAGAAGUGGGAUGUUUACUCAUAUGGGGUGAUUUUACUGGAAUUGAUUUCUGGACGAUCAUCAGUGAUCCAAAUGGGCACAUCAGAAAUGGAUCUGGUUCGGUGGAUACAGCUCUGCAUUGAGGAAAAAAAGCCAUUAUCAGAUGUCUUGGACCCCUUUUUGGCUGGAGAAUCUGACAGGGAAGAGGAGAUGGUUGCAGUUCUGAAAAUUGCUCUGGCCUGCAUUCAGACCAGUCCUGAGAGGAGACCUUCUAUGAGAUAUGUCUCAGAUGCUAUGGCUAAAUUGACCACCUCUACAAAUUGAGAAAGAAAGCACAAUUGGCGCAUUAAAUCCAAUUCCAUGAACGAUCUUGAAAUUUGUAAUUCAGGAGCAGCAGAAGAAUUGAGUACUGGUGAGAUACCCAUGAGGCUGGAGUUCUCAGUGAAAACUUGAUCUAUUGUUUGGUUGAAGAAAAGAAAGUAAAAUGAAACAACAAUAACUUUUCCAUAACUUGGUUGAAUAGAUAUGGAUAUAAUAAAUUCUGGUUUGGUACUUAAAAACCAGGUCAUUCUGUUAAUGAAUAAUGUAUGUUAUUUGUUGAUUAAAAA